UACUUGGCUGGUGAUAUGGUGGAGGAGGACAGGGAGCUGUUCCAGGAGGCCAUCAGUGGUUUCGAGGUCUUGGUCUUCGGCCCGCUGCUGCCGUGGGGAGAGUUUUGCCGCGAGUUGCGUGCCUGGUUGCAGGAUACUGGUCAGGUCCCCGUUCAGGGAAAACUCGCGAGCAGCCCCCGCGAGAGACGGUUGAGCAGGCGGCUGAGACUGGCGAAGCGGCAGUACUUGGCAGGUGAUAUGGCGGAGGAGGACAGGGAGCAGUUCCAGGAGGCCAUCAGUUGGUUUCGAGGUCUUGGUCUUCGGCCGGCUGCUGCCGUGGGGAGAGUUUUGCCGCGACUUGCGUGCCUGGUUGCUGGAUGAGGACAGGGAGCUGUUCCAGGAGGCCAUCAGUGGUUUCGAGUUGCGUGCUUGGUUGCUGGAUACUGGUCAGGCCCCCGUGCCGGGAAAACUCGCGAGCAGCCCCCACGAGAGAGGGUUGAGCAGGCGGCUGAGUCUGGCGAAGCGGGAGUACUUGGCAGGUGAUAUGGCG